AUGGAUAGUAACAAUGAAAGCACAGGCUACAAUAAUAUUCACUUGAUGCCUAUUAACUUGAUGCCUGGGGAUUGCAAGUCAGCUGGAAUGACCGUGGCACGCAUUGCAGGUUACAUGCUAGGUUUCUUCUUCAUUGUAGGAUUUUUUCUGAGCAACCUACCAUUUGUACGUCCACAGAUAGACAAGUUGAUCGUACAAGCCCUGGAUUUUGUAGUUGAUUUUGGCAUGAUUUGCCACAUGUUUGUUGUAGGAUUAGAAACAGAUCCACUUAUAUUCUCUCAAAUACCACUUCGUGAGGCAAAAGUGGCUUCCUCUGCAGUUCUUACAACAUUUGUUUUAGCUUCUUUACUCACUCCGUUUAUAAAAUUUCCUGAAAGCCCAAAUUAUAUAUUCAAUUUCUGCCUUGCUACCAUUCUCUCUGGUACUGCCUCUCCUUUACUUACUCGCUUAAUAACUGAUCUCAAGAUUGGCAAAUCAGAUAUUGGGCGAUUUGUGGUUUCUGCUGGAGUACAUUCUGACUUGAUAUCUACUAUUCUCAUUUCUUUUGGGUACAUUUUCUUUGAUCCUUACAACAGUUUCAGCAGUCGAAAGUCAUUGGUUAUUCUCUCUAUGAUUUGUACGUUAACCAUCCAGAUAAUAUUAGCAGCCAAGUUGACUCCCGUAUUCAUGAAUUGGGUAAAUCAUGAAAAUCCAGAAGGGAAACCAAUGAAAGGCUCACAUUUAGUCCUCUCCAUUGCAUAUAUUGUCAUAAUCUCUGGGUUUUCACCUAACUUUGGAGGCUAUAAUAAGGUGUUGAGCGCAUUCAUAGCUGGCGUCUUCAUGCCACGAGAUGGAAGGAUAGCAAGGAUGAUUAUUGGAAAAGUUAACUAUUUUAUUACCACCAUCUUCAAUCCACUUUUCUUCUUUUGGGUAGGAUUACAAAUUGACUUUUCCAGAUCUCGAGCUAGCCACUUAGAUACUUGGGGAAAGUUUUUUUCCCUUUACCUACUUUCUACUGUUGGGAAGGUUCUUGGAUCAUUAGUGUCUGGAGUCUUCUUGGGAUUCCAUUGGCCAGAAUCAGUUGCUAUAGGUUUGCUUCUCAACAUCAAGGGCCGUUUCCAAGUGUACUUGGCUCUAACUGCAUGGAGCAUUAACCUCACAAGUAUUUCCACAAGCAUAGCGAUGGUAUUUUCAGCUUUACUUACGGUCGUCUAUGCCCCCUUGAUUGUAGCAAAAAUAAUUGAACGCGCACGAAAGCGAUCUCCAACACAGCGAAUGGCACUUCAAUGGCUCCAACCCACGAAUGAGCUUCGAAUCUUACUUUGCCUUCGUGGGAGUCAAAAUGUCAUGUCUGCUAUAAAUUUCAUGGAGAUUUCUCGGGGGCCAGCCGAUCCUGGUAUAGUGGUUUAUAUCACUGACAUGGUUGAGCUAACUGAAAAAGUUGCAGCUACACUUACUCAUGGUCAAGGAGCAGAUGCUAUAACUGUAACCGAUCCUGAAGUUAGAGAGAUGAGAGAGCAAAUUACUAAUGCUGUUGAUGCUUAUUUGAGCGAAGAUAAGGAUGGCAUUAGUCAUCGACGAAUGCUUGCACUUUCAACCAUCAACAAUAUGCAUCAAGAUGUGUGUAUUUUGGCGGAAGACCUCCAUGUUUCCCUCAUUGUGUUACCAUUCCAUAAGCAUCUAGAGGCAGAUGGGAGGCUCAACGCAGGUCAUUCGGGAUUUCGACAUGUGAAUCGUAAGGUGCUUCGGAACUCCCCAUGCUCGGUGGCAAUACUAGUAGAUCGCGGUCUUGGAUCAACAACAAUUUCCAGAUCAACUACGUCUCUUGCCGCAGCAGUCAUCUUUAUUGGAGGCAAAGAUGACCGUGAAGCACUUGCUUUUGCUGGUCGUGUGGCUCGACAUCCAGGAGUGAAGCUAACUGUAAUCCGUUUUUUGUUAGAGGUCAGUGGAGAUAGUGUUUCAUCAAAAAUCAGCAGAGCAAAGGCCAACAGCACUGAGCAUCAAGAAGAAAUGAAGGUAGAUGAUGAGUGUUUUGCAGAAUUCUAUGACAGGCAUGUGGCAGGAGGUCGUGUAGCUUAUAUGGAAAAGUACCUUAUAAAUUCUGGACAAACUUUUUCGACACUAAGAUCAUUUGAAGGACAAUAUGGCUUGUUCAUUGUAGGGCGAGGUGGUAGAGUAAAUUCUGUUUUGACAGUUGGGAUGAAUGAUUGGGAAGAGUGUCCAGAAUUAGGUCCAAUUGGAGACAUUCUUUCAGCUCCUGACUUUUCAAUCUCAGCUUCUGUUCUAAUAAUUCAACAGCACAGUCUUAAAAGUGAAUUGGAUGGCCUCCAUGAGGAAUUCUCAGUCAUGUGA